AUGGGUGACCAAAAAUCCAUCGAUAUGGAGGAGAUAUCGCAGACUAUACAACUGCUAUCGGAAGAAACUCUGAGCAAAAUCUCGAAAGGACCAUUGGUCAAGUUCAUCCGUGAAUAUAAUGACGUUGAGAACUUGAGCCGAUUGUGGCAGAGUUUACUGAAAACAUUUUCGACUGCCUCUACUACUAGUGCUCAUACAACGGCUUCAUGCAAUGCGCUGAGUGCAUUUCUCGAUGCCGCUUCAGUAUCAAAAUGCGAGGGUACAAGACAGCUUGCUCAGUCACCAGAGACGUGGCUCUCCGCUUUUGAAGUCUAUAUGAGUCGGUUUGAGGAUGCCAAACCCAAGCCGAUGAAGCAAGUUCUGAACUCCUUGGUGAAAAUACUGGCAAAGAUUCAACAAGAUCCUAACGGAAAAUCGAUCCAGUCCAGCGUGGUCGAUGCCAUCCUUCCCAGUAUCAUCUUGGGUGAACCGCGUGCGCGGCUCAAAGCUUCCCUCGUCUCGCUGGAGAUUAUCAUGCGCAAGAGCGCCAUCUUGCCUCACGACUUGAUAUCCAUGCUUGAGAGCUGGUUGGCAAAGAAUGGAGAGAGAUGGACCCCUCUUUUACAGGACUCCUGCAGAGCUCUAUCUAUGGAUAUCACCUCAUUUUUGGGGGAGACACUCGAUGGUACUCGGAGUGAUGAUUCAAAAGGAACAGCCGUUCAAAUCCUUCUUCUAGGACUAUUAAACCAAGCUAAAAAUCCCGAACUAGCUUCUGGUGCUGGUGACACUAUGGCAGCCUUUUUUCAGAAACUCAAGACCGAUCCUUUGCUUUCCGUCUGGGUUGAACCUGUUCGCCACACGGUACUUCAAAAUAUAGACAUCCUAGAACCCAUGUCAAACUAUAUUCUCCAGCCUCUCUUCACUCUCGACCCCAGCGGCUUCAGUGCUUUUCUGGAGAGACUGCCACUACCGAGCGUCUAUGCUGGUGAUAUGGCCAAUGCUCCUUUGGAGGAGCUCACAGUUCUUUUUGCCUCUUUGCAGGUGGGGAAGAAGAUUGGCCGGGUUCAUGAAGACUAUAUUGACUCAAAAUCGAAUCAACAAUCCUCGUCUAAAAUUCCACCUCUACCAAGUGACAUUAUCGGCCAGUUCCUGUUCCAUAAAGAAUUCAAUAUCAGAAUCGCUGCACUCUCGUUAUUAAUCUCGGCACCGGCUACUACGAGACCACUUUCCUCUGCUACUAUCAGGGCGAUUCUCUGCGGCUUGCCCUCCAUGCAUGCCGAGUCUGAUUCUUAUUCCAGAGGGGAGACCCUGAGCUUGAUCCGUAAGCUGAUUGUUCGUUUGAAGGGUGGCAUCAUGAGCAAUCAGGCAGGACUAGAUCAUGAAAGCUCUUCGACCACUAACCAACAAGCAAAGUCUGACCGAAACGAUUCAGAGACUCGAGCAUGCCUGAAGGCUUACGUAGACUUCCUCAAAGCGGACAUGCGCCCAAACGCCUCUUAUCCUCGCCAUAUCAUGGCUCUCAAGACGAUGAUUCUGUUCUUAGAAUCUGGUCUUGAUUCUCGUAUCAAUUUCAACAAAGCUGCUAAAAUGGAAGGGGAUAAGGUUCGUUGGAAGUUCAACUUGGACAUUUUUGAGCCAGGUCUCCUCCGACUGCUCGUGGACCUUCUUCUGGAUCCUUUCGAGGAGGUUCGAGCUACUUCUCUCACCAUCUUGAACUUCUUCCCACGGGAUUUUCUACUAAGUGGCCUUGUGCAAUCCACAAACGAAUCUUCGGGAAUGCCAUUGCGCUUGACCGAGGCAUUGAUACGAGCUGAGCAAUUGGCUAGCAAUACCAGCAGAGCCGACCAUGCAGACACGGUUGCUCGCUUGUACCACAUCAUUUUCUGCGCUGCAGCUCAGACAAACCAGGUUGGAUUCACGCAAUGGUGGGGGACUAAGAAGGGAGUAGUCGAUCUGGUCUUGAAGAAGCUCGAAGGAAAACUCUCUAUUUCUGAAGGUUUAUUCACACCAUCUAUGCGCGACGCCCCUUUACACGGAUAUGUAUCUGCCCUGAGAUAUAUCGUGUCCACACCGAACUUCUAUCAGUUGAUUGCUGAUGAACAGAUUUCGAGCCAGGAUCACUGGAGGGAGUUUCACACAAGAUUGGUAUGUGUGUGUGACAGGAUCUGGGAAGGAGUUAAGCCCGUGCUUUGCAUCGACUCCCCCGAGGGCCACAGCGAUGAGCCGACCGAGGAAUUCAAUAUCGGGCCGAAGGAUAUCUUGUCCUAUUCUUGGCGCGCUCUUCGAGAAUCAAGGGUCAGCCUUCUGUUACAUGCGACCCUCGCCAAUCCAACAUAUGCCCCCAAGGGUGAGCUUGGGUUCAAUGCUGCCGAUUACGAGAAAAUCGGGAUGUCCAGCUUUACUCAACUUGCGGAGCUUCGCCAUAGAGGAGCAUUUUCGACCGUAUCUCAAACAUUUGCCACUUGCUGCCAACGGUGCGGCCAGUCAAGUGAUCCUGCCAUAUCUUCUCUGCCUUAUCGCUGGUAUCAGGAAGCCAAGAAGAUUAUAUUCGAGGCGGCAUCCCAGCUCACGAGGCGCUCGGCUGGUCUUCCAGCGUUGGCCACAGGUAUCCUCCUCUCGAAGCCAGGAGGGCCACUGUUUCAACAAGUCAUGGACGAGCUCCAUGAAGUCUCCCACCUUCCAGCAGAGCAGAACCUUAGCAAGCAGAAGUUCGAAUUGCCCCAGGUGCAUGCCAUGAACUGCCUGAAAGACAUUUUUACCAACACCAAGCUUGGACCCUAUACCGAACCGUAUAUCAUGCCAGCUCUUACUCUGUCAGCAGAGCGGCUUGGAUCGCCCAUUUGGGCCCUCCGUAACUCGGGUUUGAUGCUUUUCCGUGCGCUUUUGACGCGCAUCUGUCGCUUGCUCACCGGAACUGGCUUUGGUUUCGGCGGCAGCUCUGGAUCGGAGCCAGGCGCCAGAAUCUCGUUCCACAAGUAUCCAGGGCUCCUGCAGUUACUAUCGAAUCUUCUUGCCCCAGCGGGCAAGAAGCAGAACAGCGAACUUAUCGAGAACGACAUUGUCACCGAGCGGGUCUUCCCGGCGCUUGAGCUGAUUGCCGAAAAGGUGCCGUCGGUAUCCGAUGAGGACGAUGUCCUACUCCAGACUCUUGUUCGAGAACAAUUCAAGAGCCCCGUCUGGGGUAUUCGGGAACACGCAGCUCGAGUAUAUGCAUCUCUACUCAAGCGCUCCGAUAUCCUUCAGGAGAUUCGGACUUUGCUAGAUGUCGACCGUGAGUCCACAUCUCAGGACUUUCUCCACGGCAAGGCACUCUGUGCCAAGUAUGCACUGCGUAGAUUCGCUUCCAUUUCGCUUUCAUUCUGGAACAAUCAUCUCGUCGAAGUGUCUUCCACUCUUCACGACAUCUUCGCAGCUUUGUUUCCCUCUGCGCACUCCCCGUUUGUCGCAACCACUUUGGUAGAAAUUCUCGAUGAUGCUGUUGAGAAGUGCAUUGAGUCAGGUGCAGAAAAUAGCGCAGUUCAACUUCUUGCUAAUGCAUUCGAUACAUUCGGCUUCCAUGAUAUCCUUGCUUUCGUAUUCGACUCGUCCAAUCCAUCGUGGAAAACAUUGAGCACUACUCGUGCUACUUCUCUUCUCCGAAGAGUGCUUUCAUGGACUGCGAUACUUCGGAUGUUUGUUUCCGGCCAACUGGAAAAUUCGGCGGCUUUCUUCCUGACCGUUUCCACUCUUGAUUCCAAUGCCGGUCGCUGGGUGAUCGAGCAGUUGCAGAAUGUUUUGGGAGACAAAGAACGCUAUAGAAAUAGUCUUCUCGCUUUCUAUUCCUCGGUGAUUCUUGGGGAAUAUGCAGCGGAGGUUAAAUCCGUCGCGAUAUCCUCUCUCGAGGCUAUUUUGCGGGUCGUCCUCGAUUCUCGUUCCAGUGAUGUCAAAGAUAUUAAUCUUCCAUGGGAUGCCCUACACGCGCAAAUCGACACGAGCGAAACAUGGAAUCGGGAUAUGGCGGAUGCGGAGCUCCGUCUUCAGGGAUGUCUCCUGACCGUCAGGGCUUCCCUGAACCACUGGAAACCACUGGAGAGAGAUCUCCAGAGAUGGGCAACGCGGCUGCGGUUUGCAAUGCAAGAGGAGACGGAAUAUACAACACGAUAUUCAGCCGUGACAUCUGUGGCGACCUUUGGACGUAUUCUGCGUCCCGUAGGCAGCCCACCUCAGGUAGACCCGGUCUUCCUCGAAAUCUAUUUGAUAUUGUACGACAUGUUGAAUGACGACGACGAGGAGCUGCGUGAAAUUGCUGCCGCAACCGCAUCCUGGGUAAUCUCCUACUCAUCCGUAUCGCCUUCGAAGUCCGUCACGCUGGCUCCUCUGUAUGCUAGUGAGUUGUUCUCACGAUUCCUUGUUGAGAACUAUCCCCAGUCUUCAGUCCUCUGCACCACGAUUAUGCGGUAUAUGACUGGAGAGGCACCAAGGAUUAGCGGUUCAGUCGACACGCCUGAAUUUAGAGUGGUGGCAGACCAGCUCCAGGAGCAGAUGAAAGAAAGCACAAUCCUGUUCGAGGAAGAAAAGCAGAAUCUCUUCAUCGAUGACGUGCGCGAGAUUGAUGAUUGGUCUGCAAGGCUACUGCAGAUGACAGGAUCUUCGUUCAAUACGGUCAACGUUCAAGGCGUCGCUACAUGGGUGCAUGCCGGGUUAGCAUACAUGUCUGCGUUUAUUACAGAAGAAAGAGGCAAAGAUGGUCUUCUGGGCUGGGCCUCGAAGCCUGAAACGUUCACUCUUGGAGUGCGCGUUAUCAGUCUUGCUGGUGUGUUGGUGUCACAAAACUUCGCCGCUGCUGAGUAUCUAGGCGAGACACGAGCCAGUAUCAAGACGCAAUUGGAAGCUUUCCUCGAUCAAGGCCAAGUUGGAUUGCUUCACAGUGACUGGUGCCGGCGGAUCCAGCAGGCAUUGCAAUCUUCUUGA